UUUUGAGAUAACCCCAAAUAUGAGAACCUAAAACCCCAACAAAGCCCUUUUGCCUCUGCUAGUAGCCUCAACAAACAUGGCCACUAUCACCGCCAGGUCCCUCCUCCGCUCCGCCACUUCCUCCGGCCGAACAGCCGCCGUUAGACUUUCCGGAGGCUCCAAGCCGAAGGUCUCCUCCUCUCCUUUUCGUAUUCCUUCACAGAAACCCCUCGCCGCUCGCAUUUUCAGGUUACCUGUUGAAAUGAGUUGUGUAAGUGUUGAAACGAUGUUUCCAUAUCACACUGCUACGGCUUCAGCAUUGCUGAAUUCAAUGUUAUCUGCUACUCCUAGAAGCUAUGGUUGGACUCUUGAAGAUUUGUGAAUCGUGCAGCUGAUAUUGAUUGUUGAUGAGUUAAUUCCAUAAUUGCAACGAUGAUUUAUGAUGAAUGUCAGAAGGUUCAAGCGAAGUUUUACCAUGCAGUCUAUGGACUAAGAGAAUGUCUAAACGUAGCGCACGACAGGUGCUCCAAAGAAACAUAUGUUUUCUCCUGUAACUUUCAUUUGAUUUUUGUUCUAAAUGAAUACAUUUGUUGUAAUUUUGAUGCUGACCUGACCCCAACUUCAGUGAAUUCUGGAUCUUACUUGAGUCUUGUUUUAUUACUCCAAGUAUUUAUAGAGUUGAACCACUCUUGACUCAA